UUUAACUUUUAGAAAAUCGAGAUUAUCAGAGUCAAGUGCACGCAAAUUUUGUUUACAAAAAACUUUUCUUUACUUCUGUAAUUCUCUAAAAUUAUAAUGAAAAAGUGGUGGAACUGGAUUUUGGUUUUUGCUUUAUUGUGUUUAUUAUUCGUGGCUAUACCGCUUUCCUACUCAGGAGGUAGGAGUAAAGAAGAAUUACGUCCUAUGUUUGAAGAAUAUGUAAAGAAAUAUAAUAAAAGUUAUUUUAAUAACUCUGCGGAAUACGAAACAAGAUUUGAACAUUUUGUGGCUUCAGUUCAGGAAAUAGAUGAACUUAAUUCAAAAUCCAGAGGGCCAGAGCAGUACCGAGCAAAGUAUGGCCUAACUCAUCUCUCAGAUAUGUCUAAAAUAGAGUUUCAAGAGCUCCAUCUAGCAGAUGAACAACCUCAUAGGAGAAAAGAUUCUCGUAAAUCAAGGAACCCAUUGUUAACUAUGUCAAAUCUGGAUGAUAAAGAAAAAUAUGAAACAGAAAAAGAUAAGAGUGCUCCAAUAUCAUUACAUGAUAAUAUCUAUAUUAUUAUAAGGAAGGAGAGGGCAGCAGCCCCACUUCCUCUGCAGAUUGAUUGGCGGUCGAAGGGUGUCAUUGGAGCCGUGAAGGACCAGGGAUUGUGUGGUGCGUGCUGGGCGUUUAGUACCAUCGGUGCUAUGGAAGCAAUGGCUGCUAUUACAACGGGAAAGUUUCAACCUCUUAGCGUGCAGGAAGUGAUAGAUUGCGCCGGCCUUGGCAAUAGUGGGUGCGCUGGUGGCGACAUCUGUCUCCUACUGGAUUGGCUCACUAUGACCAAGUCUGUCGUGGAGACGGAUAAAGAAUACCCUCUGAAACUCACGAACGGAGUCUGUGCGAUGAACAAGAAUGCGACCGGUGUUCGUGUGAAGUCAUUCACUUGUGAUGAUUUUACAAGUGCAGAAGACAAGAUUCUAGCGUCGAUUGCUACACAUGGGCCGGUAGCGGUGGCGGUUAAUGCGUUAACCUGGCAGAACUACCUUGGUGGAGUGAUACAAUAUCAUUGCAGCGGGACUCCUAAAGAUCUGAACCACGCAGUGGAGUUGGUUGGUUACGACCUGACAGCUGAUGUGCCGUACUACAUUGCGAAGAACUCGUGGGGUCCAAGUUUCGGGCUAGGAGGCUACAUUCACUUGGCCAUUGGGGCAAAUACCUGUGGAUUGGCCAAUGAGGUAGCGUCUGUCGAUGUCACGGUGUAAAUUCGAAGAAUUAGUAUACUAGCAGUGUACUCAAUCGAAGUAUCGAAUUUAUUUUGCAUCUACCCUCAUUUGUUCGAAUCUCGAUAGAAUUUUUAUUUUUUGUUACUUCUUUAAUUAAGAUUUCAACGUAAAAGGAGACUGAUUUUUUUGUACGUCCAUAUUAUUUUUAGUAUCAAAUAUCCAUGACAAAUAAUAAAUAUAUAAAUCAAUGAACAACUGAAAUCAUGUUGGCUCUGUCUACUCAAGAAAUGAAAGAGACAGCUAUAGUUUUUAAAAACAAAGACAUAGUCUUUUCGUAUAUUUGUUAAUUCUUGCCAAUAUUUAGGGUAGGUCAUAUUUUUUUGUGUCACAAAACUUGUCAUACGAUCAUUGUAUUGGAAUUUUCUUUGUAUUUAGUUUGUAACACACACUGUUUUUAUUUUUUAUUAAGAUGGUUUAAUUUGUUUUGCAACUACCCGCAUUUUUAAAAAACUGCGAUCAUUAAUUUAUAUUAUAAAACUUGCAUAAUAUUUUUUAGAAGAAAUCCGUCCAAAUUUUUCAUGAAAAUUAUUUUUCAUAGUACCACAAGUGUUGUUCUAUUUAUGGGUAUGGGGCAGAUAUCAAAGCAUAUCGCCAAUGUUUCUAAGCCAAGAGUGAGAUAAGCUUAGAGGUGCUGGAAUCGAGUACUGGAAAAAGAGAUUGAAGUAAAUUUGCCCCAUACCCUUCUGCACUUUUGCUAUUAAAAAUAUAUUUAAGCAUUUGUGUACAUUCCAGUAGUUAGUUAAGCUAAAAUGUCAAUACAUACUCAAAAAGUGCCUUAGUUUUGUAAUAACUUUUGAAUACAUGUUUUUUUAUUUAUU